UCCUUACAAACUCAUCAGCACCUUACCAAGACUGAGCUCUCAAUGGCGGCCUUCUCGAUGACUCUGUCAAAUCCGAAGGCUUUCUCAGCUGCUCCACGAAGACUUUCUCCUAUCAACACCUCCGCUCCCUCUUCCACCACUUUCCGAUUGAACACCAAAUCUACCGUCGACUUCAUCAAGUUUCCGUCUUUAACCGCAUCAUCUCUCCUCCUCCAUACAUCUUCCACCAAGAGAAACCGCCGCAGCUGCUUAUCGGUUCAAUCCAGUGCUGAGCCUUUAGCGGAGCCACAAUCGAAGAUAACGCAUAAGGUGUAUUUCGAUAUAAGUGUUGGGAACCCAGUUGGGAAAUUAGCUGGGAGGAUUGUUAUUGGUUUGUUUGGUGAUGAUGUUCCCCAAACUGUUGAGAACUUCCGUGCUCUUUGCACAGGUGAGAAGGGGUUUGGCUACAAGGGCUCAACAUUCCACCGUGUCAUCCGAGAUUUCAUGAUUCAGGGUGGAGACUUUGACAAGGGCAAUGGAACUGGAGGUAAAAGUGUAUAUGGUCGGACAUUUAAGGAUGAGAAUUUCAAUUUAUCCCAUGUCGGACCCGGAGUUGUGAGUAUGGCAAAUGCUGGCCCUAAUACAAAUGGAAGUCAGUUCUUCAUCUGCACUGUUAAGACUUCAUGGUUGGACGGGAGGCAUGUGGUGUUCGGGCAAGUUAUAGAAGGAAUGGAUGUCGUGAGGCUGAUAGAGGAACAAGAGACAGACAGAGGAGACCGUCCCAGAAAGAAAGUGGUCAUUGCAGACUGUGGUCAACUUCCAAUGUCUGAAGCUUAAGUAACAACAUCCAAAACCCCAAAACCUUGUGACAAUGAGAUUGAGUUGUAUUAUGCGUUUGCAAUUUUUACACGCUUUCUUUUGUGAAAUGGAUACAAGUCCCUUUAUAAUAAUAUCAAUUUCAGUUC